AUGAUCAUACCCAAACAGUCAACUGAAAGCGGCCAAUCUUAUGCAAACAAGCCUUCGAGAUCCCCAAUCGAGUGUUGUGCUUCGACCUUCUUGGAUGACGAGCUUUCUAGCGCGCUCUCCGAACAAGAUCCGACCACGAGCGAUGGGCCAGCCUCUGAUACGCAGAGCAUUAUCCGAUAUAUUGGUCAUGUAGCUGACGAAUCUACACUGGAGUAUCCGCUGCGAGGUGUGGAUGGGGUGGCCGAGCUGGAGAAAGCUUCGCUUCCCACGUCCCCUUGCCCUGCGUACGAGAAGCAAGACCCAGGCCCCCAAGGCAUACACGACUCCCAACAGGACAAGAGGAACUUCGUCGAAAGAGCGAAGCAGUGUUUUAACGCAUACUGGUGGCUCUCCGUUGUGGGGUGCUUGGCCUGGAUGGCCACGGUAGACCUUCUGCACUGCUUGGCUGUCCUCGAGGGGCCUGUGGGCAGAUGGUGGUACUCACCAACAAGGGCCGUCAUCAGUGCACCUGGUAGACAAGGGGACAACAUCCAUGUGCCUCAGCUUCACAGACGACGUCCACCACUGGUCUGGGAGCUGGUCUUGUGGUCCCUGCUUGUCGGCGGCAGAAUGGCCGGUGGAUUCCUGGCCCCUCAGUUCUCGAAGAGGUUGGGCUACAGAAAGUCAUUCCUCGCUUCUGCAGCCAUGAUAUUGCUGGUCCUGCCACUGCUGAUGGCGUCCGUCUUCGCCACGUCCACGUCGGGUCUCGGACGAUUUGUCCUCCUGGCAACAGGCGAGUGUUUGCUUGCCGUGCCUUUUGGUCUUAUUUUGGCCUUGAUCAUCCCUUAUAUAUCUGACGUGGUUCCUCUCAAGCGGCGCGGAACGAUCCUGUACAUCCUGAGCUCGGUGUUCACUACAAGCAUUGUCUGCAUGACCUUCUCGUCGGCGGCCUUGCGGCGUGCGCCAAUCGAGCAGUCUCGAUUUGUUUAUAUCCUCAUGUUCCUACUGGCUCUAAUAUGCGCAGCGGGAAAUUGGUACAUCCCCGAAAGUCCUCGAUACAUAUUGCAACGCCAGAGGCUCUCGGAAGAUGACUCGACAAUACAGCCCGCAUUCCCGGCCCUCAAACAUUCCGAGGAAGACAACGAAGCUGCUAUGGUAGCGCUACGGUUAUUGGAUGAGAGGGAAGCGGCUCUUCUCGGAUCAGGAUUCAUAGCCUGCUUCCGCAAGACCAAUCGCAGAAGAACCUUUGCUCUGGUCAGUGUGUACCAUACGGCGUUGACGCUGGGCCUGUCGCUGUAUGGACUUGUCGUUGCUACCACCGACGGAGGAGGUGCGCUUGUGGCAACGGGCACAAAGGUCCAGGUCACUGCCGUCGUUCUGUGCUGCGUCGGAUCGAGCAUCAUAUCAUUGUUCCUGAACCGCUACCUUGGGCGACGCACCAUGUGGAUCGCUGGAUUGUGGUUGUUCUUGCUCAUUGCGGUUACGAUUGUCGGCCUGGCCAACCCAUUGGUAACUACCACCCGACUCAGAAAUCUGUAUGUACAGACAGCGGUACGCCACGUCCAUAUCAGUCGAUUUAUUACAGCCCUCUUCUACCUCGCCCUUGUCGUCUUUGUUGCUGUGCUUCCCGCCCUGUCUUGCGCGCUCUCGGCCGAGAUUCCGCCGGGCCACCUCAUGGUCGAGACCAUUUCUAUCAGCGCAUCCGUCAGCACUGUCCUUGUCGUCCUGUCGGUGGCUGUCUCUUGGCUCCCGGGCAGCCUGGGUUCUCGGGACCUGGCAAGCAUGCCCGCCCUCUUGCUAGGAGAUAUGGUCGAUGUCCCGGUCUGGAUGGCCUUUGGCUGGGUCAUUGUGUGUCUGUGCGGCCUCGCGACAGGCCGCGGUCGGCCGGAGACCAAAGACAAGUCACCCGAGGAGGUACAUCGGGCAUAUGAAGUGCUGCGUCUCGUGAAGCAGAGGCGUGGCGGCCAGGAGGUGCUAGGGCCCUGGUCAGGAGAGUGA